AUGGAAGGCCUUACUAGAUUGAUAAACAGGGCAGUGGAGAUAUGGGAGUUUAUAGGAUUUCACAUUAAUGAGGAUAUUUAUGUGGACAUUUUACAUUUCAUAGACGAUAUGGUUAUUAUAGGAUAUGGGAGUUUGGAAAACCAGUGGAGUGUGAAAGCUAUAUUACGGGGUUUCGAAAUGGUGUCUGGCUUAAAAGUGAACUUCUAUAAGACUAAAAUCUUUGGUAUCAACUUGUGCGAGUGGAGUAUGAGAUCUAUAGUUUCGUUUAUGUCUUGUUGUGAAGACCAUCUUCCUUUUAAAUUUUUAGGUGUGAUGGUCGGAGACAACCCUAGAAGAUUGCAUAUGUGGAAGGAUGUCAUUAGCAAUAUUAGAAAUAUAUUGCCACCUUGGAGAAGUAGAUUUCUUUCUGUACGAGGAAGGGUAGUUAUGGUUAAUGCAUUAUUGAAUUUUAUACCAAUCUAUAGUUUGUCAUUUUACAAAGCCCGCGUUAAGGUGUUGAAGGAGAUUAUAAGGAUUCAAUCUAAUUUUCUACGGGGAGGCUAUGAUACUAAAAUAACAAUUCAUUAG